AUGUAUGACAAUAAUGAAGAUAAUGAUGGUGAUGAUCAUGAUGGUCAUGGUGAUGAUGAUGACGAUGAUUUGGAUGUUGAUGAUGAUUUGGAUGAUGAUGAUGGUGCUUUGGAUGAUGAUGAUGCUUUGGAUGAUGAUGAUGAUGAUUUGGAUGAUGAUAAAGAUAACGAUGACGAUGACGAUAAUCGAUGCUGUAUUUAA